AAGAACAGUACCUUCCCUAACACAAGGUCCAUCUGGCCACUUCCUAUGGAAAGGUCUUGCCUACGCUAGGCAGUCAAUCGUUUCAUUUAACGCGGGUUGAUUCGAGCAAAGAAAUUUAAGAGCUGAGAUUCACAAGAUCACUUACCCAAAAUCUGAAUAUAUCCUUCCUGUGCGCAUCUUGAUCUUGUACUAUAUAUAAGAACCAUACCCUGCCCACAACCAUCUCUGCAUACCCAGACACGACACGAACAAACACAGCUGUAUAUUCUUUCAAUUCUCCAGAUUCAGAGGAACCAGCAAAUGGCACUUUCGUCCAAGCUUUUCCCGGCCGUCCUUCUGCUGCUUCUCCUAGUUACAGAUAUGGGGCCUGUGCAGGAGGUGAUGGCGGGGGCGCCGUGCCAGCGCAGCCUCUGCAAGAAGUGCACCGGAUCCUGCUUCGACCCAGAUGAGUGCAGCAUCCUGUGCCGGAACGAGGGUUACCAGACCGGCGAUUGCACCACCCAAGACCAAGCCUAUCGUUGCAUGUGCAGCAACAAUUGCUAGCCAGCGAGGUCAUUCGUUCUCUCGUGUCAUUCGAUCGUGUGCACUUGGAAGGAAAAUAAAACCUUAGAAUGUUGCAUUUUCGUAUCCUCAAUCUUAACUGUAGGGAUGAAAGCGGAUACGAACGAAACUGAGUGAUACCACAUU